AUGGUAAAAGAAAUCUUCACCGAAACUGGUGACCCAAUUCAUCUUGAAAAACCUGGCCUAGAUGAACAUGCCGGCCUUGAUGACUCCAAUCUUCCAAGAUACGAUGACAAAGAGACCAAGCGAAUCCUACGAAAGGUCGACUAUCGGCUCCUGCCUAUGUUGACCUUGCUCUACGUCCUCGCCUUCUUGGAUCGAGGCAAUAUCGGCAAUGCCAAAGUCGCUGGAAUGAACAAAGACCUCAACCUGACUGGGAAGCAAUACAAUUUGGCACUGACUGUCUUUUUUUUCCCGUACGCGAUAUUCGAAGUCCCCAGCAACAUCGUCCUCAAGCUCAUGCGACCAUCCUGGUGGAUCUGUAUCUUGAUGGUUUCAUGGGGUAUCGUCAUGACACUCCAAGGAAUCGUACAAAACUACCAUGGUCUCAUCAUCACCCGGACACUACUCGGUCUUACAGAAAGUGGCUUCUUCCCUGCGGCCACUUACCUCUUGACCACCUGGUACUGCCGCUUUGAAGUCCAAACCCGACUCUCCAUCUUCUUCUCCGCCGCUUCUAUGGCCAGUGCAUUUUCCGGCCUAUUGGCCUUCGCCAUUGAAAACAUGGUCGGCGUCGCAGGCCUCGGAGGCUGGCGGUGGAUCUUCAUCCUUGAAGGCAUCUUCACCGUCGUCGUCGGCACUACCCUGCCCUGGACCCUGCCCGACUCUCCUGAAACCGCCAGCUUUCUCACCCAAGCCGAGCGCGACUUCAUCAACCGCCGCCUCGUCCAAGACGCAGGAACCUCCGCCGGUACUGUUCGGACACGAGACAGCUUCAAAUGGCGAUACCUCCGCGCCGCUUUGACGGACUGGAAGAUCUACUUUACGGUCAUCAUCUACUGGGGCAACAGCAUCUGCUUGUACGGAUUCACGUACUCUGCCCCCACCAUCAUACUCGAGCUAGGAUACUCGUCUGCACAGGCCCAAUUGCUGACGAUACCCGUCUACUUUCUCGGCGUGUGCAGUACGAUUUUCUUCUCCGUGCUCGCGGACAGACAUCAGUCGCGAUGGCCUUUCAUCGUGGUUCCCUUCAGCGUGGCAUUGGUGGGAUUCAUUGGGCUGCUUUCGAUUCCGCAUCCGAAACUCCCCGGGCUGACAUAUGCGUUCCUCUUUACGAUCCCGGCCGGUGUCUAUCCCCCUUUGAUCGGGUGUUUGUCUUGGGUCGGUAAUAAUCUGGCCCCAACAUGGAAGCGCGCGGUCGGCAUGGCAUUGUUGAUUUCGAUCGGCAACAUGGGCGGUGCGAUUGGAUCGAAUAUCUUUCUCGCGGAGCAGGCGCCACAUUACUGGUUGGGAUAUGGGAUUGGAACGGGCAUGGUGGCUGCGGCGAUUGUGUCUACGUUCGUGCUUCGGAUCGCGUACGGGGUACUCAAUAAGAAGAGAGAUCUCACGAGCGAGGAAGAGAUAAGGGCGAAGUAUUCAGAAGAGGAACUUCUCGAUCUUGGAGAUAAGUCGCCCUUGUAUCGCUAUGUGGUGUGA